AUGGACAAAAUUCAAAUCCGCACGAUUUUCUUGUUCCAGUUCAAACUAGGCCGAAAAGCUGCCGAGACAGCUCGUCUUCUUUCUUUCUUUUUUACUUUUUCUUGUUUACUUUCUUUCUUUUUUACUUUUUCUAUUUUGAUUUGUUUCUCUUUACUUUUUCUUGCUGAUUUUCUUUCUUUUUACUUUUUUAAAAAUGUUUCUUGCAUAUUUCCUUUCUUUCUUUUUUACAUUUCCUUUUUUACCUUCUUUCUUUUUACUUUUUUGUUUACUUACUUUGUUUUUACUUCUUCUUAUAGCAUAAUAUUACCACAUUUCUUCUUCUUCUUCUUCUUCUUCUUCUUCUUCUUCUUCUUCUUCUUCUUCUUCUUCUUCUUUUCACUUUCUGAUUUAACAUUGCAUCAAAUCCUAUCUAUCUAUCUAUCUAUCUAUCUAUCUAUCUAUCUAAGCCUCUUCUGUAAAUAUAUCUAUCUAUCUAUCUAUCUAUCUAUCUAUCGAUUUUUCUCUUCAUUGUUAUUACUCUUAUUAUUCUUCGUUUUUCAUUCGCACACUUUUCUUCUUCUGUUAAUUAAUAUUUUUCAUAUUUUCAUUCGGUUUAUAUUCUUAUCUUUAUUCUUCCUUAUUCCCAAAAAUUUCUUUAUUCUUGAUUUUUUUUCACAUUGA